AUGACAGUUCCCAUCAAAGAAAAAUAACAAUACGAGAACAAUACCAUAAAUUUCAAUCACAAAAAAUGACGCGAUAAACACAAAGUGAAAAUAAAAUUUCUUUGUAGCAAGUGAGAUGAUCGUUGGAAAUUUAAUUAAAUUUAUUGUCAAACAUGUAGUUCAUUGCAAUUAUAACUGAAACGCCUAACAAAUCAAUCGAUAAUCAUCAAAAUCAUCAAUUCGACAAACAGUAUUCUAUUGAUCAAACGACUAAAUUGACCGCACGAACGGCGACGUUUUUUUUUUUUGGGUGUGCUUUCUGAUUCUUCGUCCCACUGUCCACAACAAUGCCAUGGUGGACAUGCUUCAAUUGUAUAAAUCUUAAGAAUCCGGACGAUGUGCUGACAUUAGACUUUUCUCACUGUCUUUUGUACGAUGUACCACCAGAUGUUUUCCAGUACGAGCGCACACUGGAGGAGCUGCACCUUGACUCGAAUCGGAUAAACGAUCUACCAAGGCAACUAUUUUAUUGCCACGAACUCAAGCGCCUGUAUCUGAACGACAAUGAAAUCGGAGAAAUUCCACCAGCCAUCGGUUCACUGAUCAAUUUGCAAAGCAUCAAUUUGUCGCGCAACGCACUGACAACGGUUGCCGAACAAAUAAAAUCGUGCAAACACUUAGUUCGAUUGGAUUUGAGCGUAAACAGCCUGGAACGUUUGCCGGAUGCUAUCACUAGUUUGAUAGCGCUGCAGGAACUGUACCUGAACGAUACAUUUCUGGAAUUUCUACCAGCUAAUUUCGGCCGAUUGACCAAUCUCCGGAUACUGGAAUUGCGUGACAAUAAUUUGAUGACCUUGCCCAAAUCCAUUGCAAGGCUGGUGAACUUAUCGCGCAUCGACAUCGGAAACAAUGAGUUCACUGAACUGCCUGAAGUAAUCGGUCAACUAGUCAAUUUGACCGAAUUGUGGAUCGACAACAAUCGCAUCCGGCGGAUAUCAUCCAAUGUCGACAAUCUACGGAAAUUGGUCCAUUUCGAAGCGUCCAACAAUUUGCUAACACAAUUACCGAACGAGUGCUGCAAUUGGUCCAAGUUGCAGGAGCUAAGCGUCUCGUCGAACGAAUUGGAGCAAUUGCCGCCGGCCCUCGGUGACAUGAAGAGUCUAAUCGCACUGAAGGUCGACGAAAAUCAAUUGCAAGAGUUACCCGAUUCGAUAUCGCAACUGGAAUGUUUGGAGGAGCUAAUGGUCAGUCACAACGACCUGUUCCGGUUGCCACAGUCCAUUGGCUUAUUGCGAAAACUACGCUUUUUAACGGCCGACGAAAAUUUCCUGCGCAACCUGCCCAAUGAAAUAUGCAGCUGCAUCAAUUUGACGAUAUUGAGUGUACGCGGCAACAAACUGACGAGCAUUCCACAGGACAUCGGUCAUUUGUUGAAUUUGAAGGUCAUCAAUGUGGUCAACAAUUUUCUAACUUAUUUGCCAGUGUCGCUGUUGAAUUUGACCCAAUUAUCGGCUCUGUGGAUAUCAGACAAUCAAGGUCAGCCGUUGAUGCCGUUGCAAAAGGAAUUCGGCGCCGGACAAAUUGUACAUUUAACGUGUUACUUGCUGCCUCAAAAUGUCGCCUCGUCAAUGAACCGCGAAUCACCGGAUGACAAGGACGACAACGAAAUCGUUACGCCCACUCAUACUGCCCAUCAAGCAGCUAUGAUCGAUUCAAUGAUGGGUAAAAGGCGCAUCUGUUUCGCAUCGGAUCCGGUUGUGACUGUGGAACAAAAUGGUCGUCUGAUGCGGUCGCCAACUCCGUAUCCGAAAGAGUUGCGCGUAUUGGCCAAAUAUGCGAAAAAUGUGCACAAAACCAAUUUCACAGAGUACGAUCAUGCCGACGGGAUUCAGGAAACUAAAAAUCCAGAAACGUCCGUCGAAAUCAAAGAAGCUCUGGUCACCACCAAUCCAUCGAUGAAAUUGAAUUCGAAUGGCAAUUAUUGUGGAAUCGAAGAAGAGCCAUUGCUCAACCAAUCGCAUCCACCGUACACAAAUCCAGCCGACAUUCAAUUAAUGCUACAAUCACCAUCGUUGCAAACUGAUGAGAUCGAUGGUGGCGCACAAGCCUCCGAUUAUUUCUACGUUCAAAAACCGCCACCACAACCGAUGCCAAUCACAAACUACGAGAACAUCAACCACUGUAACAAUCUGUAUGCACCACAUCCGUCCAAUUCUAAAUGCGAAUCCACUUUAUCACUGUCCAAUCAAUUCGAUCAGCAAUAUGCCGUCAAAGAACUUCCAUCCGGUCUGCGCACAAGUGUGACCAAUUCCUUAAUUAGUGAGAACUUUAACGUGUCCGAUGCGGAUCCGCUAAAUGUGAAUUAUCAGCCGUGUCAUCUACCUCGUUCACCGCAAUGCUUUAUCACCACAAACAGUCCGAUUGACCAUCCACAGCCACAUCAUCACCAAGGAUACGUGAUGUAUCCCAUGCAACUUCAGCAUUCGCUUCAACCGGAUCAUCAUUAUCACGUUCAACGUGCCAUGGAACCCAUUUACUACACGAAAAACAAUCAGCCACAAGAGCCAACCUGGCCGAGCCGCAUACCAGCGAAUAGCAACGGUCUAGCCAAAUUACCAACGCACCUUGAAACCAAUCGUCCAUCGUCCAUCGCAAUGAAACCGCCACCCUACGUUUAUGCCAAAAAUUUCACGAGAAUGACGCCCAACGAUCUCAUGCUGUACGAAUCGUUCCGCAAUAAAACGUUGAACAAUGGAGAUGCGCACGAUGUGUCGAGCGUGACGAACGGUCACGAUAAUGGGUACAACGGUUGCAAUGAUAGCAAUGAAAAUGGAAUGCAAACACGGCCGUCGAACGGAACGGAUUCGAAUGAGAAUCGGGAAAGCGAUGCGGACGAAGAGGAUGUAAUUGGUGACGUUGAGAGUACGAUGAACAAAAAUGUGAACGAAGACCAGAAUCAGACGAAUGGAAAGCAAUUCGGUGCACGAACCGACGACAUCGGAACUAUGAACAUUUCGAAAAGCGUACGCAGUGGGAAGCCGUGGAUGUUUGGCGUUCACAAGAAUCCCAAAGUGAUGCAAUUAAGUUUGCCGAAAGAGUCGGACAUCGGGUUCAAGUUAACCGAAUUGCAAAAUGAGGGAAUUUUCGUCGAGGAAGUGAGCAAUGCAUCAGCUGCGAGCCGUCUGUUGAAGAAAAUGGACAAAAUUCUGGACAUCGAUGGCGUCGAUUUUACCAGCAUCUCACUGAAAGAAGCCACCACCGUUCUGUCGAAUGCGGGUCCCAUACUCAACAUCAUGCUAUCGCGAAUAUGAGAAUUCACAGUGUCAUUAUUGAGCUCCGACAUUCGGUCUGCGUUCCAACCAAAUAUUUUCAGAAGCAAAACACAAAACCUAGCCCAGGCCUUUCUGCAUUAUUCGUUCAGUUCCUGGCUGUUCGUCACAUUGUACCUGUAAGUGUAUUAUGGUUGUCAAUGAAUGGUACCAGUUUAGGAUCAACGCAAUCCGGAAAUAUUGUUUCCGUUUCUGUUUCCGUUUCCUUUUAUAUAUAAGCCGUGACGUCAUGAAAAUAAAAUCUUUUUUUUUUUAA